UCGAAAGUCAUUCUGUCAACUGUGUCGCCAGAGUAAAUUGCUUAGCUGCAAAAUAUAUUAUUCAAUUCGGUUUCAUUGUGUCAAGUGUUAAGUGCAAAAAUGAAUCGCAGACGACAAUGCACAAUGGAGGAUGAUGUCGAAAUGUCAGAUCGUCCUGCCAAGAGGCAUCGUCGCGGAUGUGAUUCGCUCGAGUUGAUGCUAAGAAUUGAGAAGCUGCUGGUGAUGUUGAGUGAUCAGCACGGCGAUAUGAGGCACGAUGCCAUCGAGGAUCUCAGCAGUCUUGUGUGCGACACCAAACAGUUGCGAAAGAUCCAAAUACUUCGCAUUGUGUGCAGCUGUGUGGCCACACACCCGAUGCAGACCGGUGUCUAUGCCACAUUCCUGAGCCUCGUUAAUGUGCGUGACUAUGAGUUUGGUUGCGAGACUGUCAACUAUCUGCAGCGGCAGUUUGUCAAGCACUUGAAACUCGGCGAGUGGAGCGAGGCACGCGGUUUGUUGUUGCUACUCGCCGAUCUGGUGAAUGCCAAUCUGGUGACUGUUGGCUCCAUGAUGCAGUUGCUCUCCAAGCUGUUGGAUGUCUGCGACGAAGAGGAGUCGCCGCAAGCGCGACGCGACUUUUUUGCCUACUUGGUGAUGAGCGCUUUGCCGCUGGUGGGUCGCGAGUUCUACGAAAAGAAGGAGAUGGCGUUGCAGGUGCUGAUCAAGCGGCUGCAGCUCUACAUGAGCAAGGAGCGUUGUGCACCGGAGCGCAGUGUUGCAAUGUUGCACAUCUGGAGUCAUCGCGAGAUGCCGCAACAGGAGUAUCUGGAGCUGUUGUGGCAGCAAUUGUUGCGACUCGAGCGAAGCAAUUGGAUCGAGCAGCAGUUGCUGCGUCCCCAUUUGGCAUUCGAUGAUCGACUGAGCACAGCGUUGCAACACGUGUUGCCCACUCAAGAGUUGCCACCCCAGCUGGGAGCAGUUGCAACAUCGACUAUACGCUAUCCAAAGACUCGACUUGGCUUUCGUCUCUUCGAGCCGAGCGAUGCCCCAUCGAAUUUGCGUCUGCCCGAGGAGCUGGACAUUGAGCGUUACGUCUUGGAAUCGCACAUUCUAGAACUGUUGCAGUUGCAUCACUUGGAGCGCAAGUUGUGCGCCAAUCAAAUGCUUAUCUAUGCCGCCUCGAAGCCGCAGCUUGCCGUCGAACACUGCAUCGUUGAGGUGCUGCUCGGUCAAAUGUUGCAGCUGCCACAAGCUCCGUACUUGAUCAUCAACUAUGGCUCCAUCAUCAUUGAGCUGUGCAAGCAGCAGCCAAGCCAAUUCUCACAGAUUGUUGCCCAAGCUGUCGAUGUAUUGUUCACCCAGCUGGAGUUUAUGAGCGUCUCGAGCCUCGAUCGGUUUGUCAUGUGGUUCUCGCAUCAUUUGAGCAACUUUCGCUAUCAAUGGAACUGGCAGGAUUGGGAGUGUUGCACCCGAUUGCCGCCGCUGCAUCCGAGUCCAAUGUUUGUGCGCGAGCUGUUCAAGAGGUGCAUGCGUCUGAGUUAUCGCGAAUACAUUGUGCAGUUGGUGCCUGAUUCCUAUGCCGCAUUGCUGCCUCCGCCGCCUGACCACGUCUUCAAGUACAUUGAUCAGCUGUUGCCUGGCGCAAGUUUGGCCAAUCAUGUGUUGCAAGCGAUACGCGGCAAGAGCAGCGUUCUGUCUGUUGGCGGUCUGGUCGAGGAAGCCGAUUUGGAAGUCGAUCUCAAGAUUAACGUAUUCAUGCAGUGUUGUCUCCAUCUUGGCUGCAAAUCUUUCACACACGUCUUUGCCAUACUCGCCAAGUUUCAGCCUGUGUUGCAGAUGUUGGUGCACAAUGAAGAUAAUCAGCUGUCCAUAUUGUCGGCCAUCUCGGAAGUUUGGGCCAACAACGAUCAUCUGCAAUUUGUGCUUGUCGAGAAAAUGUUGAAAACUCAACUGGUGAAGGCAAAUGUUAUUGUCGACUGGAUCUUUGGACAGCCAGAACAAUUGUGUCACAUGUAUUUGUGGGAAGUGAUUGAAUCGAUCAUCAAGUUCACCAAAAAUCAAAGCACUCAAGACACCAAUAAACCCUCGUUACAACAGCAAGGAUUCAAUGAUCUCUUCAUCUAUGUUGUUCAGUGGUGCGCUAAGGUUUUGACAGAGCACGAAAUGUCCUAUGAGCAAAAGGAGACGGAUUACUGGACACAUUGGGUCUUGGGACGCCUUCAGAGUCUGCUCUUCAAUCACAUGGAAGAUGUGCGUGGAAUUAGCCAGCAACUGGCUCAAGUUGCAGCUCAAUGGGAGCACUGCAAGCGACUGCCGAAGCUCAUUGAAAGCUAUUUGGCCUACAUUCAAUGAGCAUUCGAUAUUUGGGAAAUAUAAAUCAAUA